AUAUUGAUAUGGUUUUAGGUGCACUGUGAGCUAUAAAAGCUUGAACUCUAAACUGUGUUUGUUACAAACCCACACACUCAGGUGCCAUCAAGCAACCAACAAGAUCCGACAUCAUCCGAGCAGCAUGGCUAUCUCCAUUUGUGUCCUCCUGCUGGCUGUACUGCUGCAGCCCGCUCUGUCUCUCUACAACUGCUCGGCUCUUUAUGAAAGAAACCCAACUAACUCAGACAUGGUGGUUAAAUGUGGUCCCAGCAUCAUAACCCUGGAGAUUAACCUGUGCACAGCUCAGUGGGCAGGUUUUAACAACACCAACCUGGCUCUCAAUGGAAACCACAACAACACACAAUGCAUGGGCACUGUUGAUACCAGUGUGGACCCUCCUAUCGUCCGUUACCAGCUUCCUGUUAACGACACUCAAACGAAUCCCUGUCGACAGUCUCUGCAGAUUGUGGAUGAAAAGCCAGACUCCUCUGGUCCGUUCAGUAGCUUCUCAUCUAUCCAAUCAGUCAUCAUAACAGGAUAUAUUGAUACACCUAGAGCUGCCCAGGGGAUUAUCAGCUAUGCUACAGACCUGUAUUAUCACUUCUCCUGUCGCUAUCCACUAGAAUAUCUGAUCAACAACACAGAGAUAGUUGCGUCUUCGGUCUCAGUGGCGACCAGUGAGAAUAAUGGCACCUUCAUUGACUCCCUUAAAAUGGCUGUUUUUAAUGACUCUGAUUAUACUUAUCCAUUAGUCCAACCGUCAACAGGGCUGAUGCUGCGAAAAAAAGUCUAUGUGGAGGUCAAGGCUGUCAACCUAACAGGAAAUUUCAACUUGCUUCUGGAUCACUGUUUCGCAACACCGAGUGCUUACAACAUGUCUCAGGCUGAGCAGUACAACUUUUUCAUGGGCUGUCAGGUGGAACAAAGGACGAGUGUGACGGCCAAUGGCGUUUCCAGUUCUGGCCGAUUCAAUUUCGAGGCCUUCCGCUUUGUUCAGCACCGGGACCUGGCAAAGUCCACCAUCUACCUGCACUGCAUACUGAGACUCUGUGAGCCAAGCAAAUGCAAGGAUCUGCUGUCCACUUGUAAUAAAAGAAGAAAGCGUUCUGUGUCUCCUUUUGGAGAAGAAAGCAGAGACUCAGCCACAGUCACAGUUGGACCUCUGUAUACGGCUCAAGAAGAAACGGCCAGUCCAGCUCAAUUAGCUAACAAUGUGGCUCCAGAAGAGGAAAACGCGAACACGACUGGCCUGGUGGUUGGGGUGGUGUUUGGAUCAGCUGCUGCAGUCAUGUUGGUUCUUGGUGGUUGGUUUGCUCUCAAGAAAUUUUACUUGAUUUAAAGAUCAAAGACAUAUUCUCUUAGAAACAUUGAUAGCACGUAAAAAUCUAACUGAAUAGAAACGACCACUGGCAUUUAAAACCACACUAUCACUUUAGGAUCUUUUGUGUCUUUGUGUAUCUGCACUUUUGCAUUUAGCAUUCACUUACGGGUUAUGAAGAAAUACAGCAUCGUAGUUUU